GAGGGGGAUUGUUUUCUUUUAGAGCAGUGCAAGAGGAAGGGAGGGAAAGGCUGAGAGCCCUCCCUCAGGGCUGCGAGUUCCCCUUGCAGACUUCUAGCACCCCUGUUGGGCAGGGCUUGUAGGGGGGCAAGAGUCCCUUCUAUGGGGCAGGGAUGUUGAUGAGGCCCAGUUCUUGCUGGUAUAGGCUUGGCCAUGGCUUGGUUGGUGCGGGCUCCCCAGACUCUCCAAAAUGGCAGGGCCUCAGAACUAGUUAACUCUAUUAUUAGCCCACUAAAAGCCUUUUUGACACAGUCAUUUCUUAGCUGGUGUUCAUGCCGAGCUGUGCCUGUCUUGCUUGUUUAAAGAGACGCCAGUAUAAUUCUGCAGUUGUUUUGUGUGGGAGGACUGUCUGUGUGGGGGUCUUCCUGUUGGUUGGGGGAUUCUUGGUGAGAGUAUGUCAGUUGUGGUGAGGAUGGGGAAACAAGAAUUAUGGACCGAACUCUAUGUAGAAACUCUGCUUCCUGUCAGCUAUGGGCUUGUCUUUUUGUUGUUGUUUUUGGGCAAGGAAGGUGGAGAAUGUUAAUAAUAUUCUAAGCCCAAGGUAGCUUCCACUGACUUGAAAUUGGACUUGUAGGGGAGAGAGGGCUGGCAUCUCUGAAGCAGGCAGGCCCUGUUCUCUGGGUAACUUCCCACAUGUUUUGCUAUUUCACAAACACAAAUUGACUAAUGCAGCAAAAGAUUUUUUCCAUCUUUGUGUUUGCCACCUGUGGAGGUUAUAAAGGUACAACUACAAUUUUAGUUUCUUGUAAAGGUCUUGUGAACAAAACAGUUACAGCUGACUUUGGUUAUCCAUUCAGGUUGAACACAGUUGUAUUUAGUGCACCAGAUCCAACACGAUGCAGUGGCACUUGGACUGACUUUCACCUUGUGGGCAACUUCUCCUCUUCUGCACAGUUCUUUGUUACUUUUGCAGUCUUGGUAUUCCUUUAUUGUAUUGCUGCUAUUGUAGUAUAUGUUGGGUAUAUGCACCUGUAUCGGAACACUGGCAAAAUCCCAUUGAUUGACUUGGUUAUUACUGUCAUGGCUGCCUUUCUGUGGCUGGUCAGCACUUCAGCCUGGGCUAAGGCACUUACUGAUAUAAAAAUAUCCACUGGUCCCAGCAUUGUUCGGGAAAUUGCAUUUUGCAAAUUACCAGGAUCAUCUUGUUUGUUUGCCUCUGUUACCAGCAUGGGAACUCUGAAUGUGUCUGUGGCUUUUGGAUUACUUAACAUGAUUCUGUGGGGAGGAAAUGCCUGGUUUGUAUACAAGGAGACCAGCUUGCAUAACCCAUCAAACUCAACUUCCCAAGGCUCAAGAAUCUAUCCACCUGCAACAGGAAUAUAAUUAGUCAGAAGAUGAUACUUCUUAAAAAGCAUACACUUUGCAUCCUACUGCCAACAACUUGGAGACACUGCAGUUUAUAUUUGUGGUAAUGGGUAAACUUCUGCUUUGUACUUGAAGCAUGUCUUUCAUAGAAAUAUAGAUGUAAACUUUCAAGUGUUUGACACUGAAAUAUAUUAUGCCUCUAAAAUAAGUGCAGUUUCUUCAUUAGCAGUUUCUUCAUUUAAAAGUAACAAAUUGUUCAGACCUUUCUAAGUCUCUUUGCAAAUGUCCCUUCACACACACGUGCAUGUGUGCACAUAUACGCAUCCCUUUUCAGGAAGUGGUUCUAGUUAAUACUUGUGGGAAGAAACUGGUUUAGAUUGUAUAAAAUGACUGAUUUCUUAAUUAAAGACUAUUUAACUUAGGAUGUUUGGAAUUCCAGUAUUAAAUUUUAUCAUUCGGAGGUUACCUACUAAUCCUGCAAAGACAAGCUUUCUGAAAAUUAGCCAUAUCUGGUAGCAUGUUCUGGCAUCAUUCUGUAAAUUUUUUUUGUAUAUUGUUAAUGGCUUUUUUUUUUUUUUUUUUGGUGUGGAUAAGAAUCUUGCAGACACUCUAAAAUGUCUGUCUGCAAGUACUACAACAUUAGAAACUUGUUGUGAGUUUACAUGUUCAUUGUUAACAAUUUCAUAAUUUGGAACAAUUUCUAAAAGGGGAUAAUAAAGAUGCAAGUCACACUUCUGUGGCAUAAUUUGAGAACAAGAGUCAAAUGAGGUUAGAUAUGGGGUAUUUAAGUUCAUCUGAUCUGCAAAACAUUGGUAACUUGUGAUAUAGAUUAUAGAUGCUAAUACUUACCCUGUCAGUAAACUCUGUUUUUGAUUCAUGUAAAUGAGUCCAAGCUGAGCAAUUGGCAGUAUAUAAGGACUAUUAUCUACCUAGUGACAUGACAUAACUGGAGAUGUCUGUCUUACUGAUAUAUACAGGUGUUUAAUUGUCCUCUUACUGGGAUCAAGAUUUGAUGAUUCUCCCAUGAGAGACUUGUGUAUUCAGACUCAUCUGACUUAGUUACCUCACUUAUUUCUCCACAUGAAUUGUCCAAAGAAGUCUAUCUUGGUUUCUGCAGACUUGAUAAAUAUGUAAAGUUGUUUAGACUGUAUAUAGUUUACUAGCAAAUAUUUCUAUAAGCUUGCUUGCUUUCAAAGCCAGGGCAGAUGUAACAACAUACAUGUCUUGGUCUUAACUGUCUUUCCAUCUGUAAACUUAAGAACAGUCUCUAAUAAAUGGGUUGCUGUAA